CCCUCUUCCCCCACCCACAAUUUUCCCAGCCAUCUCCUCGCUUUUCCCUCCUCAUCCCCCCCAUCCCAAUUCUGAAAACCCUAAAGAAUUUCAAAAGGAUUUCAACGCCAAUUCCACUUUAAAAUCUCAGCUCCCCAUCUCCAAUUCCUCAAAAUCGAGCGACUGGGGAUCGCUAGGGUUCGGAAUCACCGUUCAAGACCGAACCUUUUCCCUCCUCCCUCGCUACAAUGGCACCGAUUUUAUCUUCAUCAAAAGCAUUAUCAAGAUUAUUAUCAUCUCGAAGUCUAGCGUUGGAUUCGAGGAACGGAUUGGGAUUGCUGCAGCGAUCUUCGAGGAGCUUGGGGAAGUCCGAGAGGUUAUCUCAGGUUCGGAGUUUUAGUAGUAUCUCGAGGAUUGGGAAUCCUAGGACUGAUUCUUUGAUCAAUAAUGGUAGACAGGCUGGUUCUUCUUCUGGGAGUUCGCAUUGGAAAUCUCAAAGCAGAUGGUUUUUGGGGGUUGGUGAUGGUGAAGAGGGAGGAAACGUUUUGGCAAAGACUCAUGAGGAGAGGCGCGUCAUGGGGUACUCUCCAGAUCAGUUGUUUGCUGUGGUUGCAGCUGUUGAUUUAUAUGAGGAUUUUGUUCCAUGGUGUCAAAGGUCUAAGAUUCUGAGGCGGAAUGAUGAUGGAUCAUUUGACGCUGAACUAGAAAUUGGCUUCAAAUUUUUGGUUGAAAGCUAUGUUUCUCAUGUUGUAAUGAAGAAGCCGAAUUUUAUAAAGGGCCUCGGGAGUGGCUGGGAGAGUAUAUCGUUAGAGGACAUGAUAGUCUUUUGUGUAUGGAUGCCUAACAAUAUGCUAAGAGGCCAGGAGAACAUGGAUGCUUCUCGCAAAAGAUAGAAGUUGCUCCAAUUCUGGUUGAAAUGAGGAAGAACAAAGUGUGAUGGUUUUGGCAUGUUCUAGGAAAUCAAUGGGUGUAUGUGUGCCAGUUAGGAAAAAUGACAGGAUUGUUGUUAGCGGAAGCAACAAGAACUAGAUGUAAGCCUAAACUAAGACCUGGUGGCACAUAAAGAUAAGAAAAAUGUUAACCUACGUUAAAGAUGACCCUGAAAAGAGUUGAACUGAAGAAAAAGAUUCAUAUAACUACCUGCAAAAGUUUAGGAUAGCUUUAUUGUUUUUGUUGUUAUGUAUUGUUAUUUGGUGGUUUAGUAACUGAGAAUUUUAAUACAAGAAAUGAACACAGAGAGGACUAUGAAAUUAGGUAGGAAAAAGGGUAGAAAUGAGAAAGUUACUGGAAAACCAUUGGCGACUCUGAAGGGUAAAUACUACUGUAACUUAGCCCGAAAGUUUACUGUAGUUUUGUUGUAUCUGUACGCAUUUUAAUAAAUUGAAUUGCUAGAAGAAUGAGGAGAAAGUAAACUGAAUGAAUUCAAGCUUUUGAUGUCAAACACAACCUUCUAGCAUUUGAUUUAAAUGCAAAUUGGGUGUGUAGUUGGAAAUUAAGAGAAAUAUGAGCAGGAAGUAGGUACAUACAGAUCAUGAUAUAAGAAAAAGAGAUGACUGACAAAUUGAACAAAUUUCACUGUUUAUUGUAAUCAUGUUAGAUGACAUGUACAUUGUCUCUGCAAUGAAUGUCAUACAUAUCAGUUGGCCUUAUUCUUUAACCUGCUUCUUAAUUUGUUAGCACUUAUUGUUUAUGAUCUCGUUAUAACCCAAAAUUUUAAGUAAGUGAUUAUUGGCCCUUUAACGGUUGACCAUGCUGUGCCUGAUCAAAUAACACUUUAGUCUUUGUCAUUAAUGGUUUUACAGAUGAUGCGAUUCGAUUAACACAAGAUAUGCUCUUU